AUGGAAUCUUUAAUCCUGCAACUCCAUGAUAUCGCCGCCGUGAAAUUCGGAAACUUCAAGCUGAAAUCCGGCAUCUCCUCUCCUAUGUACAUUGACCUCCGCUUAACGGUCUCUCACCCAUCUCUCCUCCGUCAAAUCUCUCAAACCCUCAUUGCCACCGUCCCGUCAUCCACUCGAUACGACGUCGUCUGCGGAGUGCCCUACACCGCCCUCCCGAUCGCCACCAGCAUUUCCAUAUCGUCUAAUGUUCCCAUGCUCAUGCGCCGAAAGGAGGUUAAGGAUUACGGCACCGCCAAGGCCAUUGAGGGCGCAUUUACGCCCAAUCAAAUUUGCCUUAUUGUUGAAGACCUCGUUACUAGUGGCGCUUCCGUGCUGGAGACGGCAGCGCCACUCCGUGCUGCAGGACUUGAAGUCACCGAUGCUGUCGUCAUGAUUGAUAGGGAACAAGGAGGGAGGGAGAAUUUAGCUGAAAAUGGGAUAACGCUGCACUCGAUGGUGAAGCUGACUGAACUGGUGAAGAUAUUGAAGGAGAAGGGGAGAGUCUCAGAGGAGACGGAGAAGAUGGUUAUGAAAUUUUUGAAGGAGAAUCGGAAGGUGGCGAUGCCAAUACGAGAUGCAGUAGCUGAGGAGAAGCUUAGAGAAAGAAUUCCGUAUGGGGAGAGGGCAAAGAUGGCAAAGAAUCCAACAGGAAAGAGGUUGUUUGAGAUAAUGGUGCAGAAGGAGACUAACCUGUGUUUAGCUGCUGAUGUUGCCACCGCUGCUGAAUUGCUUGACAUUGCUGACAAGGUUGGACCUGAAAUCUGCAUGUUAAAAACCCAUGUGGAUAUAUUGCCUGAUUUUACUCCUGAUUUUGGAUCUAAACUUCGAUCGAUUGCAGACAAACACAAAUUUUUAAUAUUCGAAGAUCGCAAGUUCGCUGACAUUGGCAACACGGUCACAAUGCAAUAUGAAGGAGGUAUCUUCCAUAUAUUGGACUGGGCAGAUAUAGUAAAUGCUCAUAUUAUUUCAGGGCCAGGAAUUGUGGAUGGCCUGAAAUUAAAGGGUUUAUCUCAGGGUAGGGGCCUUCUGCUGAUUGCUGAAAUGAGUUCAUCUGGUAACCUUGCCACAGGUGAUUACACAGCUGCAGCAGUGAAAAUUGCCGAAGAUCAUCCAGAUUUUGUUAUUGGCUUCAUCUCUGUCAAUCCUGCAUCAUGGACUGGUGGACCUCUAAAUCCAUCUCUUAUACAUGCAACCCCUGGUGUUCAAUUGGCAAAAGGUGGAGAUGCUUUCGGCCAACAAUAUAACACCCCAUAUUCUGUCAUUUCUGAUCGAGGCAGUGACAUCAUAAUUGUUGGCCGUGGAAUUAUAAAGGCAGCAAAUCCUGCAGAGGCAGCUCGUGAAUACCGGCUUCAAGGAUGGAAUGCAUAUUUGGUCAAUUGCAAAUGA